UAGACACCUGUUUCCCCAUUUCUCUAUCGAUCGGUUUUAACCAACCAUUGACAAACGGCAGACGACAUCCACGCGCGCGCCUCUGGAUCCUAACGGCAAAAUAUGAGCGGAUAUAAUUUAAUGUUCAUGAGUUCCAAAUUUCGACUGUAUACGUUAUAAUGCAAGUACGUUCACUAUUUGAAUAGUUAUACAAUUUCUUCCUUAUGUUUCACUGCAAUAUAUAGUACGAGUAUUUCUGAAGUUCUAGAUGUCGUGAUAGAAAUCUCGUAACCUUAUUUUAUUGAAAGAAAAGCUAGUGUAACGGAAUCUUUUUGAGUUUGAUGGAAUUUAGAAACACUCCUCUUGAUAGUGUUACGGUUCUGACUCGCACAUUCAUACUUAUGGGGGGCGUUCUAUCCCCGGACUGGCAUUAAUGCCUUUCUUAGCCUGUGACAUAAACGGUUUACACAUUUCACAUAGAACGUACUUCGCUCGACAAAGUUUUUGAAUUUUGACAGCCAUGUGACCUCUUUUGACAGCCAUGUGACCUUCAGCGUGGACAUUCUGACGAUGGAACUCCCGCUGCUGUGGGUUUUGCUGCUCCUGUUCUUCCGUGAGUGCGAAAGUGAGCCACAUCCUCCGGUGAUCGUCGACAACACGGACGCCGCUGUCGUCGUCAGCGAGGACACCAAGAUAGGAACCGUGCUUUGGACGUUAAAGGCAAUGGAUGAGGACGGUGAUGACGUCAUCAUCGGUUACCCUGAAUACGAGGCAGAGUCCAAGACACUCGUGACUAUACGUCAGACCAUCCGAACCAAUGGGAACGCUUCAGCUGAUAUUAUUCUUGAUAAGAUUCUUGACCGGGAUUAUAACUCUGACCGGAGGCAGCUCCACUUCAUCAUCCAAGACAACAGUGAACUCAAUUUCAAGAUCGACGUGUUGGUGGACCUGGUGAUCUCGGACGUAAACGACGAGGUCCCCGUCUUCCAGAACCUCCCAUACAGGCUGCAGAUACCAGAGAACGAGGCGUGGAACCAAGUGGUUUACGAGUCCAUUCAGGCCCGGGACCCGGACACCGGCAUCGGGGGCAAGCUCGCUUACUCCAUGCAGGAGUCACGAUGCACAGAGAGUACUGCAGUACUGAAGUACUACACAAUAGUGCGUCUCUCUGUGCAUCGUGACUCCUGCAAGUUGAUACACGACUUUCAUUUUUGA